UUGCAAAAAAAAAAAAAGGAAUCUCUCGUGUGUUAUUUCAUUUGAACUCAAAGCGUUUCUGCGUAAGAACACAGGAGAAAGGGCGAGAACCUUCGAAAGAGAGAAGUAGACGGAGGAGAAGAAGAUGUCGUGGCAAUCAUACGUCGAUGACCACUUGAUGUGCGAUGUUGAAGGCAACUGCCUCUCCGCCGCCGCAAUCCUCGGCCAAGACGGCAGUGUCUGGGCUCAGAGCUCCAAUUUCCCUCAGUUCAAGCCCGAAGAGAUAACUGCAAUCAUGAAAGACUUUGAUGAGCCCGGAACUCUUGCUCCUACCGGCUUAUUUCUUGGUGGUACCAAAUAUAUGGUUAUCCAAGGUGAGCCAGGAGCUGUUAUCCGAGGAAAGAAGGGACCUGGGGGUGUGACUAUCAAGAAGACGACCCAAGCUCUGGUUAUUGGCAUCUAUGACGAGCCAAUGACACCAGGCCAAUGCAACAUGGUCGUGGAAAGGCUCGGUGACUACCUCAUCGAGUCUGGUCUUUAAACGGCGAAUCUGCACUCUUCGAUUUGAAGGUUCUAUUACGUUAUAAACAAAAUUCUCUCCUCUAUUCUUCUAUGAUUUGAUUGUAAUGCCAAACAGAACAGAAGAAACAGCCGAGCUUGCUUGAUGGUUUUGUGAUGUUUCCGGAGUCAUCGUGAUAUGUGGUUUUUGAUGAUCGUUUCCUGUUGUAUUGAGUGAUGCAUCUCUCUUGGGGGUUUCAUGUUUACAAUAGUUUUGGUUUUCUGUAUCAUUUUUCUAGUUGUCUUGAAUGCAAUGAUGGGUUUCGGUUU